AUGACUGAGCCUGUUGACGUCACUGGAAAUCACGCUUUUCGGGCGCCAAACUUUGGUCAAGGCGACCAAAGGGGCCCAUGUCCUGGACUGAAUGCCCUUGCCAACCAUGGAUACAUCUCACGAGAUGGUAUUGCCGGGUUCUUCGAGGUGAUUACUGCAGUAAAUCAGGUCUACGGCAUGAGUGUCGAUCUUGUUGCGGUCCUCGCUGUGAUGGGUACCGUCGGUGUUGGCAAUCCGCUGUCGUUACAUCCGAGCUUCUCGAUUGGUGGCAAGAGUUGGAAAGCCAGUAACCUAAUUGGAAAUCUCUUUGGACUGCUCGGAACUCCCAGAGGUCUUGAUGGGGCGCAUAACUGGAUCGAGUCGGACUCCUCGAACACUCGCGAUGAUCUGUAUGUGACUGGCGAUGCGUCAACCAUGAAUAUGACUCUAUUUCUGGAGGCGUACAACUCCUCGGACGACGUGAUUCUCUCCAUGGACAACAUCGGCGCCCGUGCCGCAAAGCGGUUUGAAGAAAGCAUAUCGAUCAAUCCAUACUUCUACUACGGCCCCUACACUGGCAUGAUCGCGCGAAAUUCCGGCUACGCCUUCACUGGACGUAUCUUGAGUAACCAUACCCAGCAGAACCCUCUCGGAGGUCAUCUAGACAAACAUAUCUUUGCCAGCUUCUACGCAGUCUACGAAGAGAAUGGUCAGCUGGUAUACAGAAAGGGACACGAACAGAUUCCAGCAAACUGGUACAGAUUGCCCAUGGAUUACGGUCUGGUAGAACUCAACAUGGAUCUUGUAGAAUGGUUCAUGAAGUAUCCGGUGCUGGCCAGCAUCGGAGGUAAUCUCGGAAAGGUCGACACUUUUGCUGGCGUCGAUCUUCACGAUGUUACUGGAGGUAUCCUCAAUGCAACAUCGCUGCUGGAGGGUAACAAUCUUGUUUGUUUUGUGCUUGAGAUUGUCAAGACAUUCUCGCCUAAUUCUCUGUCCUCGCUCUUCAAGACGCUCGAAGCUCCGUUACAGCUUGUCAACAAAGCUAUUCUCGACCCGUUGCUGGACCUGAGCUGUCCUGCAUUCAAGGACAUGGAGAUGGACGGCACCGAUCUGUUGUCCGGACUCCUUCGGAAGUAUCCUGGUGCUGGCAGAAGUGGCUUUGCUUUCUAA